UACGCUGCUCUCACUCACGUGGGAUGCCGUACGUCAUUUAAGCUCAGGCAGAUUUAGAAAACUUACAGCGGUUACAACUUCGUGGUCCCAACUACAGAACUAGCAGACUAGUCAGAUCUUCGAAUAGUGCUCGUUGCAAAACGGUACCAGUACCCCUAGUCUACUUUUUUUUGUUCUGUGGUAUAGUAACAGAUCAUCACUAUCUUAAGCACUUUAAAAAGAUAGGCCUAAGUAAGGGACUAUGAUGGACAAUUCGUCUCAGUUUUAUAUAGCAAUUCAGGGAAUUCUCAAAAGUUGGACUGCACUCCAGUUGGCUGUUUCUCACGGCUUUGGUGGAUCAGAAAGUGCAGAAAAAGCUCAAUGGAUGGUUGGGGUAAUUGAAGACUAUUUCAGGAAUAAUGGUAAAGCGAGAUAUGAUAUAGAAGAUUGGGAAUUAGGAGAAUUCAUAUCACAAAUAUUGAAUGAAGAAUUUAAUACUGUUUUAGAAGAUGAUAGUUUAUCAUUGGUCGCAAAAGAAAUUGUCACUGUAUAUGACCUUUGGUCACGAAAUAAAACAAACGAAUUAAAUGCAAGAUUGCAGUCACUCCCCCAGGUUAAUUUAUCGGAAAGUGUUUCUCAAUGUGAAAAGAGUGGAAUGCCAACGGUUGAAGAGCAAGAAGUAAUAUCUUCACUAUCAAACUCAAUGAACCAUGCUUCUGUCACUUCAAAUAGUAGUAAUUUAAUGAAUUAUGAUGAAGGUGAUUCAAAGUCUAAGGAAGAUGAUGAUGGUUGGAAAACAGUUACAACAAGGUCUCAGGCUAGGCGAAAGUGAUAAAUAGUAUGUGUUUGUGCCUGAUCGUAUCGAUUACAUUUUAUCUGCGCAGAAUUGUAAGUUUUGUGACUAAGCUGCGAAAGGAAUUGUGUCAGUUCUGUUCAGGAACAGUUUCUUUGCCUGUAUUACAAUCCUGGAUACGCUACAACGUCUUCCUAAUUACGUCAGUACGAGAAAGAUAGCUGGCUUCAGUGAGUUUAUUGCCGCAUAUACAAUGACGAGCGAUCGUUUAAAUCAGGGUGGUCUGAGGUUGUCGGCGUUGCCAGGGCUGGGGAGCUGGAGUCUGAGCCAUGGAGCCGUUACAUUUUGAUGGGAGUCGGAGUUGGAGCCAAGCUUUUCAUAACAGAUGGAGCAGGAGCUGGAGCUACCAAAAAUUUAGUGGCUCCAGGCUUCAGCUCCUAAAUAUCUCAUUUUUUGUUUUUCAAAUUUAUAAUUUUUUUCUGAUAGCGUUACAAAUGAUAAAAUCUUUUCUUUUCAACUUAUAAUUCAUUUUAAAAAUUUUAGUUCCUAAUAUUUUUUAAAAAGUUUCCAGUUAUUCUGUAUGUUUGAAAGUUUAGUAUCAAAAUUUGAAGCGGUUCGUUUUUAUCAAAAUUUUGAUUCUCAUUUCCACUAAGCUGCAAUUUUUCAUGAUGGCCGUCAAGCUCAAAAACCCUAAUGGCCAGGGAUUUUCGAAGAAGUGAUUUUGGAAUUUCCAUGUAACAUAUUAUGAUUUUUUCGUGGCGUUGAAUAUCCAAUCCAUUUCAUAUGUCUUCAAUUCUGUUCAACGUAUCUCGAGAUUGAGUCGUUUUACGACAAAAGAAAGGUUUAACUACUGCAAAAUGCACCGCAGCAGUCACCUAUCAUAAAAAUGUAUGGCAAAGUGCCCCAUUACGGUAUAUCUUGUUUUGAUCCAUAACAUAGCAUGUUCUGGUGAAAAGUCUCAUCAAUUUCCGUUGUUAUUUUUUGAAUAUAUAAAAAGUAUAUCGCGAGUAAGAUUGUUUGCGUUUAGAUUUAUUUUAGUGACUGUAUAAUUUUCAAAGUCAACCGGUAAAUAAUAUGUCGUAGGCAAAAAAAUAAUGAGAUUAACAAGGCAUUUUUUUUAGCUGUUGGGAGUCUCCUAGAACAAAGUUUAUAGUGUUUUCCGUUUCAUUUUAGUAUCUUAUAAUAACUCUCCAAUGUGGAAAUUCGGCUUGCGAUUGACUUCUCUAUUUAUCUUUAACAUUUCAUGGCUGAUAAUUAUGAAAACGCCUCAUUUCUAGAACCAACUUUUGGCCUGAUUUGGGAGAGGGGGACGGCAUCUAAUUGGGUGACGAUGGUAAUUUCCAUUAUUUUGGGUCUGCUUAUUCAAUUUGUACCAUAAAAUACUGCCUCCCCGUCAGGCUAGUUUAAAUUAUCAUGAGUUGAAGGGCUAUUGCCGUUACUAUCACAUGUGCGUUGCAUUUCGUGAAAAGCGUCAAUUGUUUUCGUCGCCAUAAACAUUAGGCCAUAACAUCUUUUAUUUCAGUGUUUAUUUUUCCCUUAAUCACAAUUUCUCAAGACAAUGUUUUGUGUCACGCACCAUAUUUGUGAGAAAACGAGUUAUUACAUAAUCAUCGGUGAUGAAAUUCUAAGAUAAAUAAAGAAGUCAAUACGCAAACCAAAUUUUCCUGAUUAAAAAGCGACAUUAUAAAAUACUGAAAAUAAAACAGAAAACACCAUAAGUUUUGCUUUAGAAUGGCCCACGACAGAUUUUAUUUGGCCGCAUGAUUGCCAGUUAUGUUGAACACAAUUAAAUUAAAAUUAAAAGACAGUUAUUAUGUGGUAGAAAAAGUCAUUAUGAGCUAUUUUACCUAAUGCGCAAACGCUGCGACCAUUCCAGAAGCCGAUUUUCCUUCCCGUCUUAUUGUGGGGUUAUAUGUAAAACCCUUAUAUGCUGGGUAUACCGAUUCGCAUAUAAAAAACAGCAUAUAAUAACUCUCAGUGGAUUCACAAGUUACAUGCAGGAACAAAAAGGAAUUAUCAUGACAACGACUUGAAGGGUGUUUACAGCCUAAAUAACAUGCCACAAUUAGCAAAAUGCGUUAUUGGGCUGCACUACUGAUAAUGGCUAUAGAACCGGAGCUGGAGCCAG